AUGGAGUCCUCAGGAAAAGAGGAGGCUGAAGAAGGUUGGAUCGAGUUCUACGACUCGUUUAACGAGAUGUUCGAGUUCUUUUGUAACAACACGACCAUCCACGGCACGAUCAGACUGACCUGCUCCAAGCGGAACAAGAUGAAGACCUCGUUUUGGGUUGUCCUCUUCUUCUUCUCCUUUGGAAUGAUGUACUGGCAGUUUGGAUUGAUGACCGGUCAGUACUGGUCCUAUCCCACCAGUAUGACCAUUAACUUGGACUCGACCAUUAAUACAUACCCAGCUGUGACAAUCUGCAAUCUUAACCCUUACAGGUUUGAUCAGGUUAAUAAAUACAUCAAGCAGUUGGAUCGCAUGGCAGAAAGGACGCUUUAUUCUCUGUACGGGUAUAACGCAUCCGCGGCAAAAGAGCGCGACCAGGAGACCGUGGACCUUGAAGAGCUUUUGGAAAAUAUGGAAAACCAAAGCGAUGGAAGCUUCCAGUUAAACUCCGGGAUCAGACUGGUGAAGCUCCAGGAAAAUGGUCAGGACCCAGGGGUCUCGGGACAGAGUAAAUCCAGAGUGGGAUUUCAGCUGUGUAAUUCCUCUGGUGGAGAUUGUUACUACAGAUCGUUCUGGUCGGGAGUUGAUGCUUUCCACGAGUGGUAUAAAUUCCAUUUUAUGAACAUUAUGUCCAGAAUUCCACUUCUGUUACCGAUCAAGAAAGAAGAAAUUAUGAAGAAUUUUAUCUUAGCGUGUGAUCACGGCGGGAUGCCCUGCGAUGAAAGAAACCACACUCACUUCCAUCACCCGAUCUACGGAAACUGUUUCACCAUCAGUAACCUGGGAGCGGGUAACGUUUCGAGAGAAUCCCAGGCCGGCAAGCAGUCCGGGCUAACCUUGACCGUGAAAACCGAUCAGAAUGAUAACAUGCCUCUCCUGUCGACCUCGGCGGGAGCCAGAAUUAUGAUACAUAACCCUCAUCAGCCUCCGCUGGUGGAACACGAAGGGUUUGAUAUCUGGCCAGGAAAAGAGACCUCCAUUAAUAUUAAACAGGAUCAGGUGAAUCGGUUGGAUGGUGUGUAUAGCGAUUGUACAACUGAUGGAAGUACCGUGGGCUUCAAUCUCCUCUACAACACUUCUUACACGCUGCAGUCCUGCUUACAUUCCUGCUUUCAAUACAAAAUGAUUGACUUAUGCGGAUGCGGCUAUUAUUUGUAUCCCCUUCCUCCCGGCGCAGAAUACUGCAACUAUAACAAGUACCCAGGCUGGGGGCACUGCUUCUACAGACUGUAUGAUAAGUUCGUAGAUCACAGGCUCAGCUGUUUCUCCAAGUGCCCAAAGCCAUGCAGAGAGACGAUAUACCAGCUGACAGCAGGGACUGCGAAGUGGCCGGCAUCCAAUUCCAGAAACUGGGUCAUCCCGUUAUUAUCGUGGCAAAAUGGAUAUAACAGCACCAGCAGCCGAAGUGAUGUCUCAAAAAUUAACCUGUAUUUCCAAGGUCCAAUUCAUCGAUCUUUUGACGAAGUCCCAGCUAUGCCUGUGACUUUGCUGCUGGCCAACAUGGGAAGCCAAUGGAGUCUGUGGUUUGGUUCUUCCGUACUUUCCGUAGCCGAGAUGGCCGAGUUGGUUUUCGAUGCCGCGGUCAUGUUGACCAUCGUCGCCUACCGCUGGCAGAGCAAGAAGAAACUAAGCAAAGCUGCCAUUCCACCGACAAAUUCCCGUGACGAAAACACCGCCAUCGACCUGGAAAAAACAGAAUUCCCCAGAAAACCCUUAGAAUGCAUCAGAGACAAAGACCCGGCGGCGGAAAAGAGCGACCCCCCAAAAAACUGAUCACCAAAUUCUAAUCCGCGAUCGAAGUCUCAAACCCGGCAAC